CCCAUUCUGUUUUUAUUUAUGUAUUACACAGCAUCCGAACUUUUGUGGAAUUGGGGUUGUAAACUACAACAAUAAACAUGAAAUGGCCUGCCCAGUCAGGAUUUUUAUAAGAACUAAUAUUCACGUCACCAGCAUAACCACAAAAUAAAUAAAUAAUUCAAUCUAUUAUUGGAGAAAAUAUUCUAAUAAAAAUUAUAGUGUGUGAUCAAGACAAUAUAAAAGGCUUUUUUGGCUACAGCAUGCAACUGACAGCUAUUAUAAACUUCUCCAUAGACAGCCUGGUCUUUUUUUUUUUGAUUAAGUGAAAGGGUUGAUAGAGGGACAUUUGGACACCUGUGUCCCUCAUUUUAUGCAUCUAUUAAAAAAAGAAACUAUAAACAGUGCCAGGCCUGACACAUAGGACACAAAACCUAUCUUGAUUUUACUGCCACGUCCAUUGACGCAGGUACGCCAUCUGACUGACUGGACUCUGAUUCAAAAUGCAAAAAGGCUUAAUAAAACACCGGUGAUAUACAUGUUCAACAUGACGCUUUUGAGACGGGGGAAGUAUAUAAGCUCAAGGUCCAUCUUAUUUGCUGCAUUUCCACCGUUUUUACUCGGCUCUGUGAGACAGCACAGUUUUCGGAGAAAAACAGCGGUGCAGUAGAGAUGGUCUAUAACUUGAUCUUGUCCUGGACUCUUCUCCUGCUUUCCAUCGGCCCACUGCUGGCACAUCCUGUCUCAGAAACAGUAGACAUGUCUUACCCUGGACCUGGCUCAGCUGAGGAGGCAGGAGCAGUCGGUCCCGAGGACCUGGAUUUGAGCAGCAUUCUCCAGAGGACGACAGGCCUCAGUUACUCCCCGCUACUCCCCAAAGAUGGUCUCAGAGUGUCAGGGCUGCUCCCUCAAGAAGCUCUAAAAGAGGUUCUGCUGGAGAAACCAGGCCAUCUAAGCUCUCUCAGUCACAUACUUGGUAUUAAGAGGCCAUACAGAAAGAGGGGCAACGGACCUGACUGCUUCUGGAAGUACUGUGUUUAAUACUGGCAUGGGAAAUCACAUGUAUGACUGAGAGAUUGGGCUUGUUUUCAGAUACCAACAUAAAUGUGCACACACACAGAUGCAGUCCAGAUGAACACCCAUAAAAUACAUUUGUGCUCUUAAAUAUCUGUUGUUCACAGAUUAUUUAUUAAGACAUACCAUCAUGAGCUAAAAGUGAAACCACUUGUAUUGGGGUUGUUUAUAUUUUUGCACACCGGCAUUUCUGUGAUGUUCUGUGAACCUUUUAAAAUGUUGCUUGAAAUUGAUAUUUGAC